CCUGCAGUCACUGCGCUCUCAGUUCAUCACUCACAUUUAGACUGUGGACGCACUCCUGAGAUACAUCCACCGACCUCUUGCUAGAUAAUCAUGUCGUACAAGAAGGCAGAUCUAUACCCAUGCAACCCCGCCACGGCGCGCGGGGAGUCCACAAAGCUUUCCUCGAGCGGUGAUAAGAUUGUUUACACGAAUGGUCGUACCGUCGUGAUUCGGGACCUGAAGAAUCCAGCACUCGUCACCACCAAUGCAGGUCAUUUGCAGAACGCCAUUGUUGCUCGCAUCUCUCCUUCUGGGUACUACUGCGCAUCCGCAGACGUCUCCGGGACAGUUCGCGUAUGGGACAUCGUGGGCGAAGAACAGACCCUGAAAGGAGAGUACAAGGCGAUUCCGGGAGCUGUUAAAGACCUCGACUGGGACGGCGAGAGUAAACGAAUCAUUGCUGUGGGUAAUGGCCGAGAUAAAUUUGGACAUGCAUUCAUGAUGGACACUGGAUCGUCCACGGGUGAGAUUAUCGGCCAUUCCAAGGUCAUUAACGCCGUCUCGAUUCGACCGCAACGUCCAUUCCGUGCUGUCACCGCUUCGGACGAUGCCACUAUUGCGUUUCACCAAGGACCUCCUUAUAAGUACGAGAAGAGCAUCAAGACACACACCAAAUUCGUGCAAGACGUUCGCUACUCGCCUUCCGGUGACCACUUCGCGAGCGUCGGCUCCGACGGGAAGAUUUUCAUCUACGACGGCAAGACUGGUGACACUAUCGGUGAGAUCACGGACAGCCCCCAUACCGGCAGCAUCAUGGCAUGCAGCUGGAGCCCCGAUAGCGCGUCACUCGUCACGUCCGGAGCAGAUUGCACGGUAAAGCUGUGGGACGUCGAGGCCAAGAAGGCUAUAACGACCUGGUCGCUGGGAUCUGGCGUCAACUAUCAGCAAGUCGGCAACACAUGGACGGGCGGCGACGACAUUGUCUCGCUUUCGGUGUCAGGCAGGUUGAACAUCUUCGAUAAGAGGAUCAGCGACAAGCCCACCCGCGUGCUCUACGGCCCGCAAAAGGCAAUCACAACAGCGGUGCCGGUGCCUUCGUCUCCAUCGGCGACUUUCCUUGCAGGCACCGCGGACGGCCGGAUCCUCUCUUUCGCCAACUCAGAGUAUGCGCCUCUUGUAGGGGAGGGGCACACCGCACUCGUCGCGAAGCUUGCCUCCGACUUCGACGGGAAUGUCCACUCCAUCGGCUUUGACGACUGCGUGAGGGAGAUUGAGGGCGGGAAGAGUUUCGUACCAGCGAAGUGUUCGACUGCCUCGCAGCCGAAGGACAUCGCAGUCGCCGGCGCCUCAACGGUGUUUGUCGCAGAAGCAAAUGUUAUUGAGGCGAUUCGCUCAAAUCAGAAAGUGUCCGAGCUCAAAUCAUCGUUCACGCCGAGCGCGAUCGCGGCGGCCAAGUCAGUGGUGGCGAUCGGUGGAGAGGACCAGAAAGUCCACCUAUACGAUUGGGACGGCAAAGCACUAAGCGAGGUCGCAACGUUAGAAGGAAACAAGGGCAUCGUGAGCGCACUGGCGUUCUCGCCGGAUGGGUCCCUCCUUGCUGCUGGAGACUCGUCCGGGAAAAUUGCCCUAUUCGAUGUCAGACAACGCAAGCUCGUCACCGGCCGCUGGUCCUUCCAUAGCGGACGGAUCCAUUCACUCGCGUGGACCGCAGAUGGACAGCACUGCGCGUCGGGCUCGCUCGAUACGCAUGUAUACAUCUGGAGCGUGCAGAAGCCGAUGCGCAACAUCGCGAUCAAGAACGCUGGCCCCGGUGGCGUCAGCGCCGUGUUCUGGGUAUCCGAGAAUAAGGUGGCGAGUGCGGGCGCCGACGGGUGUGUAAGGACGUGGGAGAUCACAUUCCAUGCGUAAAUGAUGUGUGAGUUGGAUCAAGUAGCAUGAGAAGAAGACGAACAGAUGUACUAGUUGCUCUGUAUUACUGGAAUAUCGGGACGAACGCGAGC